GGAAGAAGCGGGUCUGAUUAGCUUAGCUAGCUUAGGUUGCUAAAAAUCUUUAUAGUGCAAAAAUGGCGUCGGUCAACCCAUUUAAUCUCAGUGAUUCUGAGGAGGAGGCUGAGCGGCGCCCCAAUGAAACAGUUGACACAGAGAGGAGCCCGAGCGACGGAGCGCCAGGGCCACCGCCAGGCAAUCCUUUCUCUCCGCCUGCGGACGCCGAACCUCCGACGCUCCUGCUGUCUAGCAACCGGACGAGCCCCAGCGGUGAGGGCAUCUCGGUGUCGGCCGCGGCCACCUCCGCUAUGGCAGGCAGCGCCGAGGCACGGGUGUCUGUGGAUGUCAUUGCUGCUCAGCUAUUAAGGGACCAAUACAUUCUCACGGCCCUGGAGUUUCACACUGAACUGUUGGAAGCAGGCAGAGAGCUUCCGCGACUGAGGGAUUAUUUCUCCAACCCUGGCAACUUCGAGCGACAGAGCGGCACUCCACCGGCCAAAGACCAGGUACUCGGACCUGGAGGACCGCUGAAUCGAGCUGGCAGCAUCAGCACCUUGGACUCUCUGGACUUUGCCCGAUACUCGGAUGACGGCAAUCGAGAGUCAGACGAACGGGUGGCAGUGCUGGAGUUUGAGCUACGGAAAGCAAAGGAGACCAUUCAGGCUCUGCGCGCCAACUUGACUCAGGCAGCAGAGAGCGAAGUGCCCUCUCAGGAGAGAAAAAACUUCAAGUCAAGUCCUGAAAUUCAGGAGCCUAUACGCCCACUGGAGAAAAGAGCCUUAAACUUCCUUGUGAAUGAAUAUUUAUUAAAAAAUGAAUACAAACUCUCAUCCAUCACCUUCUCUGAUGAAAACGAUGAUCAGGACUUUGAGUUGUGGGACGAUGUCGGCCUCAACAUCCCAAAACCUCCCGACCUGUUGCAGCUCUACAGGAACUGCGGCACCCCCCUUCCUUCUCCUCGGGACACAGUCGACGUGUCAGUAGGGGUGGAUUUUGGUGAUCUUCCAGGAAACUGCAUUGCUCAAGAUCCCCCAAAGAAGCCUGACUUGUCACAACAGCAACAGACAGAAGUCGUACAAGAGCUAGAGUACCAGAUCAGCCUCCUCAACAAUGAGAAGCAGAGCCUAGCAGAGCAGAUCAAAAAACUGCAGAGUGAGAUUCAGACACUGAAGAGGACUGUCUCCUCCCCACCUCCGGCCACUCUGGACUUGGGUACCCAGAAUACAUUAAACCCCUCUUCCACUUCUACCGCCACCGCUUGCUCCACUGACCCUCUCUCUGUGCCUCCUACAGAUAAUGGCCAGUAUCUGGAUAUCAGAGGGGUUUCAGAAGCUGGUAAUGACCCCACCUCUACUCAAAACACAUCACAGUCCCACCCACCAUCCCACAACAAGCUUAAGAGUCAGCCACCCGUCCAGUUUGAUCAACCGAACAGGAAAUUAUCUCCGGCCUUCCUGCAAGCCUUGCUGUCCUUCUGCAGAAUGUGUUCCGACAGCCGCCUGGGAGCAGAGGUGUCUCGUAUAGCUGACAGCGAGGAGAGUGUGAUGUUAAUGCUGGGCCGCUGUCUUCCUCACAUCGUCCCCAAUGUGCUUCUUGCUAAACGAGAGAGAAUGGUUGCGCACCUUUGCCAGGAGUUGAUUCCUCUCAUCCUGUGUACCGCCUGCCUACACCCAGAGCCUAAAGAGAGAGACCAGCUCCUUCACAUCCUUUUCAACCUAAUCAAGAGACCGGAUGAUGAGCAGAGACAAAUGAUCUUGACGGGCUGUGUUGCGUUUGCGAGACACGUGGGUCCCACGCGGGUGGAGGCUGAGCUACUUCCUCAGUGCUGGGAACAGAUUAACCACAAAUAUCCAGAGAGGAGGUUGUUGGUGGCAGAGUCCUGUGGAGCCUUAGCACCUUACCUGCCUAAGGAGAUUCGUAGCUCCCUGGUGUUGUCCAUGUUGCAGCAGAUGCUUGCUGAGGACAAGGCUGACAUGGUCAGGGAGGCUGUGGUCAAGAGUCUGGGGAUUAUCAUGGGUUACAUAGAUGACCCUGACAAGUACUCCCAGGGUUUUGAGUUGAUGCUGCUGUCUCUUGGGGACCCAUCAGAGCGGGUGGUCAGUGCAGUCCACCAGGUCUUCAUUCCUGCCUUUGCUGCCUGGACCACAGAGCUGGGCACUCUGCACACUUCACUUAUCCCUUCUCUAUUAGCGCGUAUAGAGAAGCUACUUAAUGGAGAACACGGUCUGGAUGAACACAAGCUCCACGUUUUCCUGUCAGCCCUUCAGUCUCUCAUCCCUCCUCUGUUUGCCGUGGUGCUGCAGAAUGCACCUUUCACCAGCAGAGCCAAACUCCACGGAGACAUACCUGCAAUAGAAGUGACCCGGUUCCCCAGGCCAGCUUCUCCUCUCCAGGAUGUGGCAACUAUCAUCGGCAGCAGGGAGAUGCUAAGUGCUCUACUGCUACUCUAUGACCACCAGUUAGAGCAUGAAGGAACCACUGGCUGGGACAGUCUGCUCUGGGUGGUCAACCAACUCCUGCCUCAGCUCAUAGAGAUUGUGGGUCGCAUUAAUGUGACAUCAUCAACCUGCGUACACGAGUUCUCACGCUUUUUCUGGCGGUUCUGUCGCACAUUUGGAAAGAUUUUCACCAACACUAAG